AUCAUCCCAAAGAAAAAAACCAGGCACGAGGCCGCAACAGACAUCGCUGAGUACCAGAAGCUUAACGGAGUACGGGGAGAUUACCCAGUUCCUGCCCUCUCUCGUCUUUCUGCCUGGAGAAUCCCACCGAAAAAGAGACGUAGACAUUUCUUCAAUCAUCACCAUACAGAACAGUUUCAGCAGCCAUCAGAGAAAGUAAAGCGCCAAGCAGUGUACCAGCUCCUUACCCUCAGUUUCUAGUAAAUGCAAAAAUGUUUUUUCUGCUGUAAACUUUAGGUGACUGCAGAUAUUACUACCAAAAGUAAUAGUUUAAAAAAAAAUAAAGAAAGACGUCAAGGUUUUCAGACUCCCUAAUUGAAAAUAUAGCUUUCACACUAGAGCUGACAGAGAAUGGGGGCAGUAGCGUGGCCGCUGGAAAAGGAGAGGUUCCUGCCAAUUUUGAUGGAAGCUUCUCUUGUAGUAGUAGCAAUGGUUUUCCUGACUAUGCCAGGCGUAUACUGUCUCCCUGUGGAAGAGGACGAGGAACUAGUGCUCCCAGUCCUGAUGGAUUCUCCAGAACCAGGCAAAAAGCUCUACCGCUUGGAUGCCUUCGGGAAGCGCCUGAGCUUGGAGCUACACCCCGACAGCAGCUUUCUUGCUCAGGGCUUCACACUCCAGUACUUGGGGAGCAAACUUAAAGAGGAGGAGGAGGAGCAUUCAUUCAUCCCCACGAACGAACUGUCGCUUUGUUUCUACUCUGGCACCGUGAACGGAGACCCCAAUUCAUCAGCGGCUCUCAGUCUCUGUGCUGGCAUCCGUGGGGCAUUUUACCUGCGAGGAGAAGAGUAUUUCAUACAGCCGCCUGCCACCAACGAAAUCCGCUUCUCCUCUUUUUCUGCCCCAAAGGAGGCGCAGCUACAGCAGCAACUACAUCUCCUCAGCCGGAGGCUGAGGAGCCAAAGCGGCGCCAAGUGUGGAGUACUUGACCAGAAUUUCCAGCAAGGAGAGGCUGAACCAGCAGAGGAGCAGAAGCAGCCGACAGAGGAGCGGAAACAACGCCCAGGACCUCUAACAGGUACUGGAAACACAAGGAAAAAAAGGUUUGUGUCUAGCCCUCGCUAUGUGGAAACUAUGCUUGUAGCAGAUCAGUCUAUGGCAGAGUACCAUGGCAAUGGUCUAAAGCACUACCUGUUGACUCUGUUCUCUGUUGCAUCCAAGUUGUACAAGCAUCCCAGUAUUAGAAAUUCAAUUAGCCUGGUGGUAGUGAAGAUUUUGGUCAUCUAUGAAGAAAAGAAGGGGCCUGAAGUGACCUCCAAUGCUGCCCUUACUCUGAGAAACUUCUGCAGCUGGCAAAAACAGCACAAUCCACCUAGUGACAGAGAUGCAGAACAUUAUGAUACAGCAAUUCUUUUCACCAGACAAGACCUUUGUGGUGCCCAGACAUGUGAUACCCUUGGGAUGGCUGAUGUUGGAACAGUGUGUGAUCCAAACCGAAGUUGUUCCAUUAUAGAAGAUGAUGGUUUACAAGCUGCUUUCACAAUGACCCAUGAGUUAGGUCAUGUGUUUAAUAUGCCACAUGAUGAUGCAAAACAGUGUGCCAGUAUCAAUGGUAUAAAUUGGGAUUCCCACAUUAUGACCUCAAUGCUUUCCAAUUUGGAUAGAAGCCAGCCUUGGUCUCCCUGUAGUGCUUAUAUGAUUACAUCAUUUUUGGAUAAUGGUCAUGGGGAAUGUUUAAUGGAUAAGCCCCCCAAACCCAUACAGCUUCCCUCUGACCUCCCAGGGACCUUGUAUGAUGCCAACCGGCAGUGCCAGUUUACAUUUGGUGAUGACUCCAAACACUGCCCAGAUGCAGCUAGCACAUGUACAACUUUGUGGUGUACUGGCACUUCUGAUGGAGUACUUGUGUGCCAAACAAAACACUUCCCUUGGGCAGAUGGCACUAAUUGUGGAGAAGAAAAAUGGUGUAUCAAUGGCAAAUGUGUGAAUAAAACGGACAAUAAAUAUUUCUUUACUCCUAUUCAUGGAAGCUGGGGAACAUGGGGACCCUGGGGAGACUGUUCUAGGACCUGUGGUGGAGGAGUACAGUAUACAAUUAGAGAAUGUGACAACCCAGUCCCUAGGAAUGGAGGAAAAUACUGUGAAGGCAAAAGAGUUCGAUAUAGGUCAUGUAAUAUUGAGGAAUGUCCAGAUAAUGAUGGGAAAACCUUCAGAGAAGAACAGUGUGAAGCCCAUAAUGAUUUUUCUAAAGCUCCCUUUGGAAAUGGACCUGUUGUAGAAUGGAUACCUAAAUAUGCUGGAGUGUCACCAAAGGACAGAUGUAAACUUAUUUGUCAAGCUAAAAACAUUGGUUAUUUCUUCGUAUUACAGCCCAAGGUUGUGGAUGGUACUCCAUGUAGCCCAGAUUCUACCUCUGUUUGUGUGCAAGGACAAUGUGUAAAAGCUGGCUGUGAUCGUAUAAUAGAUUCUAAAAAGAAAUUUGACAAAUGUGGUAUCUGUGGAGGCAAUGGCUCUACUUGUAAGAAAGUCUCUGGCUCAAUUACUCAUGCAAAACCUGGCUAUCAUGAUAUUGUCACUAUUCCAGCUGGAGCAACUAAUAUUGAAGUAAAGCAAAGGAAUCAAAGAGGUUCCAGAAAUAAUGGAAGUUUCCUUGCCAUUAAAGCUGCUGAUGGUACCUAUAUCCUUAAUGGUGAUUUUACACUCUCCACAUUGGAGCAAGACAUUAAUCACAAAGGUUGUUUCUUGAGAUACAGUGGUUCUUCUGCAGCUAUGGAAAGAAUUCGCAGUUUUAGCCCUCUAAAAGAACCCCUAACUAUACAGGUUCUUACUGUGGGCAAUUUCCUUAGACCUAAAAUCAAAUAUACUUAUUUUGUGAAGAAAAAGAAGGAGUCUUUCAAUGCUAUACCUAUUUUCUCUGAAUGGGUUAUUGAAGAGUGGGGUGAAUGUUCCAAGUCAUGUGGAAUGGGUUGGCAAAGAAGAUCUGUAGAAUGCAAAGACAUCAAUGGGCAGCUUGCUUCAGAGUGCUCAAAAGAACUUAAACCACAAAGUAUUCGACCUUGUGCCAAUAUGCCGUGUCCUCAAUGGCAGAUAGGUGAUUGGUCUCCAUGUUCCAAGACAUGUGAAAAGGGUUUACAAAAAAGGAAUCUUGAAAGGUCUGCCGUGAUGUCUCAGGAAAGUUGUGAUUCUUUAAGGAAACCAAGAAAUUACAUAAAACUUUGUACCAUCACAAAUUGCAAUUAAACAGUGAUCAGUUUAGGAAAAAGGUAGAAAUGUCAAUGCACUGAAAGUAAAAGGACCAGAUGGUAUCUGAUCUAUCUUGCAUAUAAUUCUUAAGAAAUGCCAUUGAGGUGCUUGUGAUAUUGCAUCAUAGGA